UGUCCUUCCCAUCUCUAGAUCUAAACUCAGCCAGUAGUUUAGUUUUUGACAAGUUGUGUAACAUAUUUCAUGACUUAAUGUUAAGAACACAGUGAAGUGAAAUAAUUUGUAGAAUAUAUUUUACACUUCACAAUGUCCUAUGGCCUUGCAUGUACAUGUCAAGCUUAAAUUGCCCACGGAGCACACACUGGUAAGUGAGACAGAAGAUGGAGUCACACAAACCUGAGUCCACAUCACCUCCUCCUCCUCCUCCAAACCCUUUCAAAGACUGCUGGCUAUUGACUAAGGAGCACUUCAAUACUGAGAAGUAUGUUCCUGACCGGGCUACUUAUGGCCUGGUCAGUGGCGAAGAGGUUACAAAGGAGAGAGUGACCGCUGUCUACUUCUCAGCAUCCUGGUGCCCCCCAUGUCAGAAGUUUACACCCCUCCUCCGGCAAAUGUACCAGGACCUCAGGAACAGGAAUGCCCCUCUUCAGGUUAUCUUCAUCAGCUUUGACCGAACAAAAGAGGCGAUGGAAGAAUACUACCUAAGCUGUCAUGGUGACUGGCUAGCAGUGCCUUAUGACGACCCUCUCAGAGAGCAGCUUUCCAACAAGUUCAACAUCAAUGCUAUCCCCAAGCUGGUUGUGCUGCGCCCGGAUGGGGAGGUGAUCACCAUGAGAGGACGGAAGGACGUUCAGGACAAGGGGAUGAUCAGUUUCCGGAGCUGGCAGAAUGCAGCUAACUUGGCAGACACUGUGUCUUUAACCAGAACAUUCUCUGAAACAAGGGGUGUCUCAGUGACAAGGGACCCAGAUGAGUAGUCCAUACACGUCAUGGAGUAGAGUCGAGAGUAGGAACUGUGAGAGCGAGUGACAGGCAGAGAGUUAGGAAGGAGGAGAUGGUGAACCAGCUGACGGCAAGAAAGGAUCUGUGCUGAAAGUAGUCUGGUUUAUGGUGGUCAACACCAUACUAAUAAUAUUAAUUAUACUAUUCAAAAGAAGUUAAAGAACACCUGAUUAUGUUCAUGACUAGAGUUAAUUUGUCAUGGCAUAUGAAGCUGAACAUUCACAGGUGUCACAGGCAAAGAAAAUAGACUUGAGAAUGCAUCACAAAAUCUACCCAGACUCUAUUUCCCGGAUUUCAAUAUGUUGUGCAAUCAACAUCUUUUCUUUUUUUCUUUGCAUCACUUCAGUGAAACUGUGUCCAGACACUGCACCAGACACUUCCUGUAACACAUGUCAGAGAAGGGUAGGUGAGUUAUCUCCCCUGGAAGGAACUCGAGUCCCUGUAACUGGCAACUAUCUGAACCUGACCCCUGCUCGAGUAUGCAAGUACCUGUCACAGUUCUAGCCAACACAUCCAUAUCAAAUGCUAUUUGUGUGACAACAUAUCCAAGAAAGGAUGCAAGACAUCAGUCAUACACAGUCUGUCUUAUAAAAAGUGAGCAGCGUACUAAAAGUGGAGAUGAAAGGCAGCAAUGGAUGACGAGAGUGAAGCUUUACCAAAAGCUGGCUCCGUGUACAACAAAUCUCCCCCUUGGGGAUUGGUAAUCACACAAACGUAGUAAGUGUGAUGAUGACUCAACUGAUAGACCGUGGUCAUCCUGGUCACCUAAAUUUGAAGCUGUACAUGAAAUAUCUUUUUUCAUAACCCAUGUAUCUUCCACGUUGAAGGCCAACAAUUAUCAAGGUCUUCAGCUUCAUAGGAUAACACUUCAUGGAUAAGAACUUCUUUGAUACUGUAAAGGCAACGUUUCGGUAUAGAUCCUAAUACCGUUUUCAAGCAAGAUUCGUAGGAUACAUGGGAUAAAAAUAUUGAUAUUUUAUGUAUGACAAAUUCCUGUGGUCUGGUAGAGUGGGGGGAAAGGAGGUCAAAAGGUCGUAAUGUUCAAUCUACGUAUUGAAGAGAGGGGGAAAGGAGGUCAAAAGGUCAUAAUGUUCAAUCAAUGUAUUGAAGAGAGGGGGAAAGGAGGUCAAAAGGUCGUAAUGUUCAAUCAAUGUAUUGAAGAGAGGGGGAAAGGAGGUCAAAAGGUCGUAAUGUUCAAUCUAUGUAUUGAGUCACUGAGAAUCAUGUUCCAUGAAUAUCAACCAAACACAUCUUCAUGAGGCAAGUGAGUUAACUGACGUAAAAUGUCAUGCAGAUUUUUGUCGAUUGCAGGAUUUGCAAAGCAUGUGCACCGCCAACUCGUUGUCAACAGAUUUUUCCAAGUCUUUUCAUGUUUUAA